GUUCGCUCCCACAAAAAGAACGCAUCGAGUCUUCCCCCUUCUCAAUUCUCUACCAAUCCAUCCAUCUAAAAAAAAUUCUCUAGCAAUCAGCGAUGGCGUGGGCGACGAGGUUCUUGUCGGCGGUGUGCUUCUUCGCGGCGGGCGUCCUCUUCGCCCCGGACGUCCUGCUCGGCGCCCGCUCCGGCUCCGGCGCCACCGCCGUCACGGCCGCCAAGGUGUCCCACCUCCUCUGCUUCGCCACCUCCUGGGGCGCCGCGCUCUGGGCUACCUUCAUCGGCGGGAUCAUCAUGUUCAAGAACCUGCCGAGGCACCAGUUCGGGAACCUCCAGGGGAAGAUGUUCCCGGCCUACUUCACGCUCAUCUCCGCCUGCGCCGCCAUCUCCGUCGCCGCCUUCGCCUACCUCCACCCGUGGAAGGCCGCGUCCGCCGUCGAGCGCUACCAGCUCGGGUUCCUCAUCUCCGCGCUCGGCUUCAACCUCUCCAACCUGCUGGUCUUCACCCCCAUGACCAUCGAGAUGAUGAAGAAGAGGCACAAGAUCGAGAGAGAACUAAGCAUUGGUGACGAGGUCGGGUGGUCAAAGAAUGUCAAGUCGGCGAAGAGCAACCCUACCCUCGCCGCGAUGAACAAGAAGUUCGGGAUGAUCCACGGGCUCUCGUCGCUGGCUAACAUCAUGUCGUUCGGCAGCCUGGCCAUGCACUCAUGGUACCUUGCCAGCAAGCUUGAGCUGUGAUAUGUGCAAACACCCAUGGCUUCACCGUGACCCCGUUAAAUAUCUGGUGGCGUAGUGAUGUGCCUAUGCUCAAAUUAAAACAAUGGAUUCAUGUCAUGAGGUUGUGAGCAUAUAUAAUUAUAUUGACUUGGCUUUGAAUUGUUGUACCUGAAAGAAGCUGCAGAAUCCAUGUAAUACUCUCCGAUUUAUUUCUCUGAAGGAGUUCAGAAUCA